AUGAGUAGGAGAAAUGGAAACGGACCGAAACUCGACCUGAAGCUGAACUUAUCGCCUCCGAGGGCGAAUCAGCGAGUAGAGUCGCCGAGCCGAUCAGCGACAGUGUCACCGCCAAGCUCAUGUGUGUCAUCAGAACUGAACCACCAAGAUGACAAUACUCUGAGAUACUCUAAUAGCCCUGAAGCUACUUCCAUGGUGGUUGUAGGGUGCCCAAGGUGCCUUAUGUAUGUGAUGCUUUCUGAGGAUGAUCCCAAGUGUCCCAAGUGCAAGAGUACUGUGUUGCUUGAUUUCCUGCAUGAGAACACAGUUCAACCAAGGAACAGUUAGAGCAAAAUAGUAGAAUUUCUUAUGCUGAUUCUGCUGCUAUUAGGAUUAUUAGACUCUCUAUAUCCUAUUUUUCAUUUCUUUUUUUAAUUAUCUCAAGUAGUGCUAUUUAGGCUGCUUUAUUUUGUUUCAUGCUAGAAAAAAAAUUGCAGCAAAAUAGCACUACUUUGUGUUUUUUUUUUUUGGUUUCUUUCUAGUCAUAGAACAAAGAAUUGUGGGCUUUAUAUGAUAUAUGAACGCAGAGGAAGUGUGUCUGUGUAUCAUUGUGAGUUCAGCUUUCUACCCAAUGUAAGCUGAUUAGUUGCAGCUAAAUGUACCCAAAUUUUCCUAUGAAUAUUGGGUAUAUAUAUUAUCAUCUUGCUAUGAUUUCAUCUU